UCAGAAAAACUCGUCAUUUAAAUGUUUUAUAAAGAAUGAUAAAUGUCCAGAAAAAAUUUUAUUACUCAAUUGUUAGAUCACUGAAAAUAUACUUAGUGCACUUUCCUUGUUUAUUUUUAGUACUAUUAGCCGAUUCGCAUGCAUUCGGGUACGAUCGGAAAAAUUCGAAUCUUCAAAAAAGGCGGUUUCAAAAAAUGGUGAAAAGUAUAUUAGAGGACAGUUUUAAUAAUCAUUAUGUAUUAAUAUAAACUUCUUGCCUUGCCUAGAAGUUUAUUUUUUAAUGUAGAACCAGUUUCUUAUUAAUUAGUAGCAUAAUGCCAACAGUGUCUGAAACUUUGAUAAAACAUCGGAUCAAGAAUGUUAUCCGUAAAUUUAAAUUUAAAGAAUUAGAAGAUGCUGUACUACCAGUUUUUCCAGAAACAACAUGGAAUCGUUUGAAGUCUCGAUUGGUAAAACAACAUGAACAGUUUAUAACUGCAAAUGUUGUUUUUGCUCUAGAAAAAAUAAUUAAUGAUAACAAUGUAAAGGAAAAAGAAUUGAAACAACGAUUAAUGAGAUUAGAACUUAUUGAAAUAAGUAGACAUAAACGAAGGUGUUGGUAUACUUACGGUAUAUCAGGCUCUAAUAAUGAGCCUCCUCACAUUGGGACUAUAGAUUUUAAACAAACUGUAAAAGAAAAGCUUAAUAGACUAAAAUUUACGACUAAAAAAAUAGAAGUUGAUGCUGUAGUUUUUAAUGGUAUCAUGUAUUUAAGUAUAAAACUUGUAAUGCAAGAUAGUUUAAAAACCCCAGCUAAUUAUUUUGCUAUAUUUUUGGAUAAAAAAUAUAUAUUUGCUGCACAGAAAAAAACACUUCAAGUUUUUGUAGAUGCAAUAACGCAAAGUAUGGGUUAUAAUAAAAACAAAAGCAUUGAUUUAAAUGGCAAAGAUCUUAUGUCAUUAAUGAGAUUACUUCGAGUACGAAAACAAGGUGCAGUAAGUCUAUCAGAUAUCAUGAAUAUACCAAUGUACAAAAAUGCCAAACCCAUUAUUAGAAAAACAGGUAUAGAUUUUACACAAGAACGACAAAGGAGAAAAUUUAUAGAAAAUCGUUUUGGUUUAGACCCACCAACAUUAAAUACACUCGUUAUUAAUGGAGCAAAUACUUCUAUCUAUGAUAGAGAAAUAGCAUCACGUUUACCAAACAAUACUAUUCAAAUUGGGUGGGAGUUUCGUAGUGAAAAUAUAGCUAUCUUUUUAAUACAUUUAUUUGAAAGAGGAAUACUUCUCCCUCCUUUACCUUCUUAUAUUUCCAAUCUUAUGUUUAUGGGAAGGAAUAUGUUGACACUUGGAGAAUAAAAAUUUUAUAAUAUUUAGAAAAUAAUAAACAAUAUUUAUAAAAUAGUUUUAUUAUAUAUACAAUAUACCAUUACACCAACCAUAUAUUAAUGGUAAACACAAUACUCUCAAUUCAAAAAGUACAAAAGAAGUAAAAAAUCAUGAAUUACUAAAUCUAUAUAACCAAAUAAAUUGAUAAGUUUAUAUGCUUAACAAUAAAGCGCUCUCGGAAAUAGCAAUAAAAAAGCUAUUAUAACAGAACGAAGUCCUAAUAAAAAGAAGAAGAAGAAGAAGUUUAUAUGCUUGUAAAAAUAUAUAAGAUAAUAUUUAAGGUUGUUCACUACUUUUCAACUGAACUAAAAAUGCAACAGGAAAGUGCCAUUCUUACCAUGCACCUGUAAUAUUGAUGUAUAAGCUUAUGUAGGUUAAUGUCCGUUAGUGUUUGGUGUUAGUAGAUUGAACUUACACUUUUCAAUCUCUCAUCUAUACGUUAGAUGAAAUCCAGGGCCAAUACAGUUUUGAAUGAUGACAUAUCUCCAAAGAGAAUAAUAAUUAAUAUAAUUGAUAACUUGCAGUAAUUAGUAUAUAAAUUUUUGAUAAAAAUAAACAAGAAUUUCUGUUGAUGAUUUGACGAUUAUUUUAUGUAAAAUAAUAAUAAUGAAUACUUAUAUAUUGUAUACUAUUUUGAUACUAAUUUUAAUGCACAUAAACACAGAUACAAGUUCAUUUUUAUGUGUAUAUUCUGUGCUCGUAAUGAAAGGUUAAGAAUUCUAGUUAAAAAUAGCAUAUUUUAUUUUUGAUUUGUAAAUAAUACUUACGUUAAUUUC